AUGUGGGCGGGUCUCAAAUCACGCUCGAUGAGGGUCUUGCUGUUGUUCGCAACUUCUGUUCUGGCUAUUGUCCCCCCAGCCGCUCCUUCCAACACUACACUCGCAUUCUUCACCAAUUCUACCUUCGCCAACAAACUUCAUUUCGAUGCCGCCACCGAGCCGUUUACAGCAGCCGACGACGACCGAUGGACACUGGCUGUCGCCCGCGGUGCCAAGCUCCUCCAAGGCAUGAAAUCCAGCGACGCUGAAGCCGCGGCUCUCUACAACCUAGGCACCACUGCGGAAAGUCCAUUCGACGGUGAUCUCGUCGCCAAGCUGCGUGAAUGGGGCUACAACGAUGCGAAUGAAGCUCUCGCCAAACAGGCAGACCCAGAAUGCGACUUCGACAGCUCUUCAACCCACCUGCUGAAGAGAGCCUUUGACGAUCUAGGCAUUGGAACUAAGAGCAUGCGACAGGGUGGUCCAAACCAGUGUUUCAAAAUCGAGCAUUGCUACAGCCCAGCGGUGUUGAAGAUAGAUGGCGAGAUGCCCGCCAUAGAUCAUCAAAUAUACGAGGUGUGCGGCAAAUACUACCGCGUUACGAACGCAGGCUUCAACAUCGGCGCCAACUCACAAGCAGGCGCAAUAUACGCGAAUUCUCUUUACUCCGCCGCAAAAGGAGCAAGUGUGCUGUGGGACCGCGUUCCCCUUGCCGAUGAACUGCCUGCUAUACGCAGUGCCUCGGACAUGGCGUGGGCGUUCUGGAAUCGCGUUCAUACCAACAGGCGGAACUUUCAGAACAUCAGGUAUCUAUUCGUUAUGCUGAUCGUCAAUCCAGAGACGACUCGACACAUCGAGCGUGCGCUGGGUACGCUGUCGCCACCGAAAGAGGAUCCGGAGCGGUGGCCAGGACACGAUUUUAGCAUGGAUACGGACGCUGGAAAAGCUCUAUUGGGAAGUCCUGUUGGGAGAUGGGCUGGCUACUUUCUCAUGCAGCACAAAAGACGGUUGGGGGGUAACAAGUUCAUCUCCAAGGUGAGAGUGUUCAAAUCAGACGAAAAGGGUAACUGGCCCUAUCUCUUGUUUUAUGUUGCCGGUCCCACGGCAUCUGCAGCGAGCGAAGAGGAAAUUGCGGAGGGUGUUGAUGUAUACAAUGAGACCCGAGUAGUGCGAAGAAGUGAAGAUGGAAAACAAGUUGUUCGGGAGCAUGUUCUAAGGAUGACGCUGCCCAGCCCGCACUUGCAACCAGCCACACCGUCUUCGUCCUCCACCCGAAUAACCUCCCGAUACAUACCGGCGCAGUCUCGCGACCACACAUACACACAAGAGAAAAAGAUGGAUUCCCUAGGUGGUGGCGGUUUCGGCAAUGCCGACUUGAGCAAGCUGUCCGACCGCGACAAGCAGGAACUGCAGCAAUUCGCUAUGAAUGAGGGACAGAAGGCUAGGAUUCAAUCUUCGAUACACUCCCUCACCGACACAUGUUUCCGCAAAUGCAUCCCCGCGGGUACCGUCAAGGCAGGCAAAUUGGACAAGUACGAGGAGCCGUGCAUGAGGCAGUGUGUGGAUCGGUUCUUGGAUGCGAAUAUGGUUGUGCUGAGGGAGUUGGAGAGGUUGAGGGGAUAG